CUUGUGUUUUUGUGUUUAAUUAACGACAAUAAUUUUACACGAACUUAGCAUGAACUUGUAAAAUGAACAUUACAACAUAAGAAAUAUUUGCCUAAAGAUAAAACGACGGAUAAUAUUUCCGCCGAAUAUAAAUAUAUUUUUCUUUAAACAUAAAAAUUUAUGAUGUCUUUGUAUACAAGUUUGAUAUUUCUAGUUAUAGGACUUGUUAUGUACACUGCAUCACAAGACCAAUAUACUGCUCGAAGACGUCCUCAGCCCGGAAAUAGACCAGCAGGUGGAAGAAUACCAAGAUGGUGUUCGCCUGGCAGUCCACGGAUACGUUGUUUUGCCAACCCGUGUGAUGUAGAUAGAUGCCCAUCUUUUCCUGGAGCAAUUUGUCUGAAUGACAACCCGUGUGAGCCGUCCUGUAGCGGUCAUUUUUAUAUAGAAGGAAGAUCAAGGCUUUCUAGAAGGGAGUGUAAUGGUGGAGGACACAAUCCCCCAGGGAUACCAGCCUGGUGCCCUGCGGGUAGCCCACGAAUAAGAUGUUUCGCCUACCCAUGCAGUGUACUGACAUGCCCACGAUAUCCAAGAGCUAAAUGUUUAGCUGAUAAUCCCUGUGAGCCGUCCUGCAGCGGCAAUUUCUAUAUACGUCGUCGAGGAGGUCGGGUAAGAAGACUUUCACAAGCUGAAUGUCAGGGCAGAAGAGGAAAUUAAAAGACACGCGAAUACUAAAAUGCCAGGAUCACAUGUUGCAAAAAAUAAUUACAUGCAUAAGUUAUUAACUGCAAUGUUAACUGAUAAAAUAUCUUCAAAUUCUGAAUAAAAAGAAGAAAAAAAU